AUGGCCGCGCCCUUCUUGAGAGAGGUGCCCAUAGAUCCAGGAGCAGCUAUCGUCAAGAAAGCCUUCCGGAGGGAACGCGUCCUGAGGGAUCGCCACGAUCCUUUGGCGCAUCCGGACCACUUUUUAAUAGGCAGAUACGGAUUCAGCCGCCAAGGCAUUAUCUAUCUCAGAAGUUUACUGGAGCCGCACGUCGCCAAUGGCACCCGGCGCAGCAAAGCGUUGACGGUGACGCAGACGCUCUGCAUCGCGCUGCGCUUUUUCCGCAGGGGAACGUUUCUGUACGCGGUGGGCGACGCCGAGCACAUCGCCAACGCCACCGUGUCCCGGACCAUCAGGAAGGUCUACCUGGGACUGAAAAGAUUUCUAAACGUGUUUGUCAGAUUCCCCGGUCACGCCGAGGGACAGCCUAUCAAAAACGGGUUUUACGCCAUCGCUGGAUUUCCAAAUGUAAUCGGGGUAGUCGACUGCAUUCAAAUACCCAUCAAGGCGCCGUCCAGACCAGGAGAUUUUGUGAACGGAAAAGGCUUCGCCAGCAUUAAUGUGCAGAUAAUCAGUGACUCCGCUUGUCUCAUCAGUAAUGUUGAAGCAAAGUGGCCAGGCUCUGUCCAUAAUUCAAGAAUAUUCAGAGAAUCGGAUUUGUGUAAAGCAUUUGAACGUGGUGCUUACGAUGGGGUCCUGAUUGGGGACGGGAGCUAUGCCUGUCUGCCCUUUCUCAUGACUCCAUAUGCUGACCCGACGCCAGGACCUCAGUCCGCCUACAACGCAGCUCUGGUCCGGACAAGGGCUCAAAUGGAAAUGACUUUGGAGAAGCUGAAGGGGAGAUUUCAGUGUCUUGGUGGUCUGAGAGUUGCACCCAGCAGGGCAUGUGAUAUUGUUGUGGCAUGCGUGGUAUUGCACAACAUUGCCACCAUAAGGAAAGAGAGGGUCCCUGCAGUCCCCCUGCAACCUAAUAAUAACGACCCCGGGGAGCCAAUGCAUGCUGACCAGGCACGUGGCAGGGCGACGAGGGACGGAAUCACCGCCCAACAUUUUGGAUGACAUACAAGAUAUUAAUGCGUUUUCUUUUUCAUAACCAUUUUGUGAGGAACAACAACAACAAAAAA